CGAAAAGGGAGGUGGAAAUUCGGCCUGGUGUAUAAAGUCCGUUUUCGCGUGGGAUUUUUAUACCAAUGCAACCUGCAACUCUUCUGCUAGCCAAGGCCGAAUGGCGCUAGUAGACUAGAGCUACACGAAGAACGCGGGGCGACCCCUUGCUGGUGUGUCGAUUUCACUGGAGUGUGACAACGAGGGGGGAACCCCCACCAGUGGAGCGUGAAGCCAAUGCUGCUGCCGCCGCCUCGUAGCCCAAGCAGACGUGCGCUGUCCAGCCGCGGUGGUGCUGAAACACCAGCAUCGAUCCUUCCCUCAGUGACGUAGGGAGAGAGGGGUUCGGUUAGGCUACAAACAGCUAGAUGAAUAUUGUAAUAAUAAAACUGCACAAAGACUACACAGAAGCCAUGUAGAAAAAUGCAGAACCUACAAGCAAGCAAAGCAGUAACAAAAAGCAAGUGAAAACGUGGACGAACGUGCUGGACUUUUCCCCGCCCUCGGCGUCACUCGAGGGGUCUGAGCAGCACGCGGUAUCCUUGCGGAACCCAGAAAAGACUCCCGGGAGAGAGAGACUUCAGAUCUAUAAGGUACGCUCAGGUCGUUUUUGCAGAAGGAAAACGGGUGUGGGUUAGGCUACUCGUCUAAGAAGCGAAAAUGGGCUGUGUUGGUUCCAAAACGCCAGUUGGUAAAUGUUGACGACACCGUUGAAAUGUUACCAAAAUCGAGAAGAGCACUUACCAUUCAAGAGAUUGCGGCAUUAGCCAGAUCUUCAUUACAUGGCAUCUCCCAGGCGAUGAAGGACCAUGUAACGAGGCCCACAGGCAUGGCCCAGGGCAGGGUGGCCCACCUGAUAGAGUGGAAGGGCUGGUGUAAGCCCACAGACACCCCCGCAGCUCUGGAGUCUGACUUCAACAACUACUCUGACCUCACUGAGGGAGAACAGGAGGCCCGCUUCGCUGCAGGUGUGGCGGAGCAGUUUGCCAUAGCGGAGGCUAAGCUGAGAGCCUGGUCGUCUGUGGAUGGAGAUGACUCUAAUGACGACUCGUAUGAUGAGGACUUCAUUCCCGCCAAUGAGCCCACAACACAAAGCACAGAGGUGCCUCCUUACCUGAGGAACAUUCUUCACAGUCAGGUGUGUCAGCACCUGGGUCUGCGGGGGCCGUGCUGUGAGGGGGCAGGAGGAGGAGAGGGGGGAGACAGGCCCUCCCCCACCUCCACAGACACCCUCUGCUCCAGCCUCUACAGCCUGGACGAGCAACACCCCUUACUGCGAGAUCUCACCCAUCACUGCAGUAACAACCAUGGUAACACCGCCGAGCUGGCUGCCAAGAUCCUCUCAGCCCUGCAAGGGGGGGAGGAGCUGCUGUUGGCCCGCCUCCAGAGGGUGGGGCAGGGGGUUAGAGGGGGAGGGGACUUCAACAACCUGGGGGGUGGGAGGAGCCGGCCGGGGGGGGAGGAGUCACCUUGCUACUCUGUGACCUACUCCGAGACCUAUCUGUCACCUGGGGAAGACGAAGGUACGCCCUGCAAAGACUAUGAGGGCACCGUGGGCCAGGGAGAAGGAGAGCGCGAGGUGUACCCACCUGACUAUGCCACCCACAGGAAGGUCUCAGAUGUAGCCUCCUCCGGGGUGGUGUCUCUGGACGAGGAUGAAGAGGAGGAAAAGGAGGAGGAGGAUAGGGAGAGAGAGCAGAGAAACCAAUGACUGUCCUGUCAUUGAUUUUUUUGUUAAAUCAACUGUUCAUCCCUCCAUCUCUCCGUCCCUCCCAUGGCCUCUGACAUGUCUAAACCUGUCUGCAUGUUUUUUUCAUGACUUGAACUCUUACUGCAGUGUAACCUCUCUGUCUUGGCCUCAUCGCAUCAUGUCGAUCCCCUACCCGCCUGUCCCCUUGACCAUUUGAUAUGUAUCAAUAUAUUUUUGUCUUGAGGCGUCCAAACAAUCUUUUCUAUCAAUGUGAAGCAGGAGAGCAGGACUGGCUGUCACAGGCUUCAGUAACAAGCCCAACGAUUGGUCUGUGGUUUCAGUAAGAAGCCCACGGAUUGGCCAGUGGGGUUCAGUGCUCCAGCCCCCCACAACAAGAAAGCGAGUGACUGCUAAAAAAUAAAAGGGACACAACUGACAGGAAAAAGACUGAACCUUAAAACUCUGAAAUAUCUCUGCAUGUUUUUGCAAGUGCUGAACUGAACUUGUGUGCUGACCUGGUCUUGAGCACGUCGGUUUUGUAGUUUGGGCUGUUCUGUAUAACCCCUCCCUUCCUCUGCCCCCAACCAGAUACAGUAUAUCCCAUUGGAGAUGUUGGGCGCGUUCCUCUGCCCAGGCGUUGUUGACGCAUGCCAGAUCUUACAAUGCCUGGAUAGGUAUUUUACGUAUCAGCUACCCACAUAUGAUAUACCAAUCUGGUGCCCGACGGCACAGUCGAUGACGUGGCACGCAACCAUUGGAUGAUGCAUGCAAUGUCUGAGAAGGGGAGCACUAACCCCUAGCAUCCUUCUGGGCAUGGCUUGAUGAGAAUGCCAAACUACCGUAUGUAACCUGUCACCAACAGUUAUGAGAAAUGCUGGAAUGUCUUAAAAGUGACAGGAAAUAUGUAUUUUAAAAACAAAAAAAUGAUUGACAGAAAUGAUAUGCUUUUAUUGUACUAGUUUUCUAUCAUUCAACAUGUUGUUAUUAUAAUUAUUCUGAAUAUCAUUAUGACUAACUGUCAUAAUGACAUACUUUAGCUACCAGAUUUUGUUUUUGGUUCUAUGGUUUCCUGUAUGGAAUUCUUAAGACCAAUGGUUCUCUUAAAAAACAACGAAGACAAAAACACAAAUAGAAUGUUCCAGAAGUGACCCUUUGAUGAAAGAGAUGUUGUUUGGUGGAGAAAUUGUUGUACAAAGACAGAAACCUAGUUUCAGUGAGGAGGUGUUGAGUUGCAUUGGAGAUUUUCUAUAUUUUUGUAUGCGUUGUCUUGCUUUAAUCUUUGCCUAUGCGGCGUGCCAGUGUAUGUGGUUUUUGCACGAAGCUAACGUGGCUGUAGAUUUCUCCUUUCUUUGUUAUCACUGUGUGAUAUAGUAUACCGGGAAAAAAAUACAAAUAUGAACAAAAAAAGGUUUAUUUAAUUUUGAAAGAGGAUACUGUGAUACGGUUUGUUAUUGUCAUUAUCCUCAAUGGAAAAGUUUCAUUUUCUUUGUAAUUAUAUUGGACUUCUUUCUUUCCUGUUCAUAGCUGCUCGUGAAGCAAAAUUCCAAGUUAAUUUUCUUUCCACUCUUUUUCGAAGGAUGUCAGGAAAAGGGCAUUUUUUGUAAAUAUAUCGAAAUCAUUCCAUUGGCAUGGUGAUCUGAGGAACCUUAAAUUGGUUUGGUCAGAGGGACUGUCACUCAUACAACUCAGGAAGUCCCAUUGGUUCAGAGCGUCAGUAUAUCCCGCCCCUACACAACAAGCCACUGCUCACUCAUCCUCUUUCACAGUGUGUGUGUGUGUGUGUGUGUGUGUGUGUGUGUGUGUGUGUGUAGGGAAAUGUAUUCAAGAUUAAAGCACAUAAUUAGUGCUCAGUUCACCUCUUCAAUCCUUUACUGAUUUGUUCAUGAAAACCCUAGUGUGUGUGUGGUGAAAUAUUACACAGUCAACAAGCUUGCAUUUGUGCGUCCGCUCCAAAAACCCCUAAUGCAGCGAUUCCCUUUAAACAGUGUUUUAGUAUAGCAGUGUUCUGACUGAAGGUAAAAGGCUUGGCCUACAUGAUGCUUUUGGAAAGGACAACAGACCAAUCACCGUUCUCCCUUUUUGGAAACGAAAAAUGUGUUUUAGACUUUCUACCAGAGAGAUGAUUAAAAGUAUAGGUGGUGUCAUACAUUUUAGCACCAUGAUUUGAAAGGAAAUAACUGAAUUCUUUGAUGAUGACACUAACAACUGGUGGAUUGAAUGAGAGACACAAAUUCAACUCAGGGGAAACCAUUACGGCUGUGCCUUCAUUUAUAACCUUAGACCUCUGAUUGGUCAUACGGUCAGGUCAGUUCCAUUCAUUCUGUCCAAUGACACAUGCUAACCCACCAUUGAGCCAGAGCCAUAGAUCCACUUGACAUCCACAACAUGCAGACAUUUACAUUAUGGUUCUACACUGAACUAUUCACAAUAUGUAGAAAGACACUUUGACAGCUGGGUGUUUUUUCUAGAAUGCAUCUUGUAAUGCUUUCUGAUUCUAAUGCAGUGUUCUGUGCAUCCAUUUAUCAUGGUUGAUGAGACUGUUUGGAGUACGAGUUUCUUACUUAGUGCUCUGCUCACUGUUCUUUUAAGUUCAUCGAGUUGCUAAUGUUUAUCUUUCUGCCUAUUACAGCUGUACAAAGUUGCUCAUAUGGUAUUGGUCCUCCUCUUUGACAAGGUCAAGGGUUAAAAGUCAAACUAGAGUUGUGUAAGGUUAGAUCCUGUUACAUCUGUUUCCAGCUUGUCCUGGUGUUUAGUGUAUUGGAGGGUUUGAGUAUUGUCUAGUUGGAGGGACACUGCGUCACUGUCCUUUCACUGACAUUACAGAGAGGGGAUGUGUGUGUCCGGGGCAAGGUUGUGAUUUUUGUCCUGUAGCUACGACUUGUGUUGCAUUGUUCUCUGUCCCCCCCAGUCUGGCUGCACGCGCACUCACUGAAAGUGUCCCCCUGGUGGUGUGUGACUGGCACCUUGGUUCCGGGCAUCUCGUUCACACACAGCUGUCACACACACUCUCCCUCUGUCUCCAUCUGUCUCAUUUUCUCUCCCCUUUCUCUUCCCCUUCUCCUCUCUGUCUCUGUCCCUUUGUCUCCCGCAUUUCCUGUCUCCCACUUUCACCCUCAGUCUGUUUCCAUCUCCUUCUAUCCCUCCUUCUCUCUCUCUCUCCCUCCCUUCCUUCCUCCCACUAUCCUUAUUCACAGGAGCCCUCUCUUACGUAACAGGGACGGCAGGGCUGAGUGCUACCUUUGCCGACAGGCAAUUAGCCAGCGAUGAUGAAAAACAACUGAUGGACAUGUAGAGCAAUGGGAGAUGGAAAUCUCUCUUUAUUUUAUCCUCUCCUGCUAUGUGUCUCUUUAUCGUUCCUGUCUCUCCUUCUGUCCUAAUACGAGUCUUUUGAGGUUAACUGCCCCAAAAAGCUGAUGGUGGUUGCUGUAAGAGGCGGGUGAUGUAACGGGGUGGCGCCACUGUCCUGUGAUUGGAUGAAUGUCCUAUGAUUUAUACUACGUCAACCAAUGGGAAUGAGCGUCCCUUUCCUAGUGUGGCACAGAUGGAUUUUAAAGGGAGGUGUGUGUGUGUGUGUGUGUGUGUGUGUGUGUGGUGCGUGUGCGAGAGUGUAGAGUGAGAGAGUGGCAACAUGUUCUGUGGGUGGCCUGUUGCUCUAGGCCAGUACUGACAUUGGGCACUUAUCACAGACUUUGUGUGUGUGUGUGUGUGUGAUAGACAUGGCCGGGAGAGCGCCCCUGUGAGGCAGUGGCGAGUGGGAGGAGGCGAUACACUACGUUAACAUUUCAUUCUAAAAUCAGGGGCAUUAAUAUGGAGUUGGUCCCCCCUUUUCUGUUAUAACAGCCUCCGCUCUUCUGGGAAGGCUUUCCACUAGAUGUUGAACAUUGCUGCAGGGACUUGCUUCCAUUCAGCCAGAAGCAUUAGUGAGGUCGGGCACUGAUGUUGGGCGAUUAGGCCUGGCUCGCAGUUGGCGUUCCAAUUCAUCCCAAAAGUGUUCGAUGGUGUUGAGGUCAGGGCUCUGUGCAGGCCAGUCAAGUUCUUCCACACCAAUCUCAACAAAUCAUUUAUGUAUGGAAACAAGAAAGGGCCUUCCCCAAGCUGUUGCACAAAGUUGGAAGCGCAGAUUCGUCUAGAAUUCCAUGGUAUGCUAUUGCGUUAAGAUUUAAUUUCACUGGAAGUAAGGGGCCUAGCCCGAACGAUGAAAAACAGCCCCAGACCAUUAUUGUUCCUCCACCAAACUUUAUGCAUUCGGGCAGGUAGCGUUCUCUUGGCAUCCGCCAAACCCAGACUCGUCCGGCGGACUGCCAGAUGGUGAAGCGUGAUUCAUCACUCCAGAGAACGCGUUUCCACUGCUCCAGAGUCCAACGGCGGCGAGCUUUA